UGCCCCUCCCGGCAGAGAGACGAGCGACAGCCUGGGGACAGCCUGGCCCAGGAGACAGGUGCUGCGCAAGCCUCCACCACACACGCAGCUGACCUGGCCUGCGGACCCCGACCCCUCCCAGCCUCUCCCCACACCUCGGCCAAUGCACCUUCGUCCGAACCUGCAGCACCUUGUGAUGCUCCCGUCCUGCAGCCCCCAUGCAGCAUGGUUAGAGCCCCUCAAUCCCAACCCGCACCCCCACCCGAAGCCAAUUCUGAGCAGAGAACAACCCAGGCUGCAGGGUUGUAAUGCUCCAAUGGCCCCCUCCGGCACACCAAUGGGAGCUGCAGGGACAGUGUCUGCGGACAGGCAGCAUGCAGAACUGUCCGGCUGUGCCUCAGCAUAGGAACUGGAGAAGGGACAUGCCACUGCUUCCAGGAGCUGCUUGAGGCACCCAAAAAGAAAAGUGGCAAAAAAGCCAAGGGGGGCAAAGCUGCAGCGGUGGUGGAUGCUGUCCCCCCAGAGGACAUGAGCAAGGAUCAGCUGGAGGAGCACAUUGUGCGUCUCCGGGAGGAGCUGGAUCGUGAACGGGAGGAGCGCAACUACUUCCAGCUGGAGCGUGACAAGAUCCACACCUUCUGGGAGAUCACCCGUCGGCAGCUGGAUGAGAAGAAGGCGGAGCUGCGCAACAAGGACCGUGAAAUGGAGGAGGCCGAGGAGCGGCAUCAAGUGGAGAUUAAAGUUUACAAGCAGAAGGUGAAGCACCUGUUGUACGAGCACCAGAACAACAUCACAGAACUGAAGGCAGAGGGCACUGUGUCCAUGAAGCUGGCCCAGAAGGAGCACCGCACCCAGGAGAUGGAGCUGCACAAGGAUAUGCGCACCUUGAAAGUGGAGCUAAAGGAGCAGGAGCUGGCCAAUGAGGUGGUGGUGAAAAACCUGCGCAUGAAACAAGAGGAAGAGAUCACACGGCUGCGCAGCGACUUUGAGAGACAAGUGAAAGAGAUUGAGGCCAAGUACGACAAGAAGAUGCGCGUGCUGCGGGACGAGCUGGAUCUGCGGAGGAAAACGGAGAUCCAUGAGAUCGAGGAGAGGAAAAAUGGACAGAUCAACACGCUGAUGAAGAACCACGAGAAGGCCUUCAGUGACAUCAAGAACUACUACAACGACGUCACCCUCAACAACCUGGCACUCAUCAACACUCUCAAGGAGCAGAUGGAGGAGAUGAAGAAGAAGGAGGAUCACCUGGAGAAGGAGAUGGCGGAAGUGCUGCUUCAGAACAAGAGGCAAACAGAGCCCCUGCAGCGGGCCCGGGAGGAGGUGGCCGAGCUGCAGAAGAAGCUAGCCCACUAUGAGAAGGACAAGGAGGCACUGGCUAACACAAAGGCCCGUUUGAAAGUCACCCAGAAGGAAUUAAAAGACCUUCAGUGGGAACAUGAAGUGCUGGAGCAGAGGUUCAGCAAGGUGCAGGCAGAACGAGACGAGCUCUAUCAGAAGUUCACCAAAGCUAUUCAUGAGGUGCAGCAGAAGACUGGCUUCAAGAACCUGCUGCUGGAGCGCAAGUUAAACGCCCUCUCCAACAUACUGGAGAAGAAGGAGGUGCAGCUUAACGAAGUCCUCUCAGCCUCCAAUCUUGACCCCAGCGCCCUCACCGUGGUCACACACAAACUGGAGGACGUGCUGGAUUCCAAGAACAACACCAUCAAGGAUCUCCAGUACGAGCUGGCCCGAGUCUGCAAGGCACACAACGACUUGCUCCGCACCUAUGAGGCCAAGCUCACAGCCUUCGGGAUCCCCCUGGACAACAUGGGCUUCAAACCACUGGAGACCACAGUGAUGGGACAGACGCUGGGGCAGGGCCCAGCCGGACUUGUUGCUACCCCAACCUAGCACUGCUGGGCGCAUGCUUGUCCAUCACCUCUUGGGUUACGCUAAAUAUUGUCAGUAGCCUCCCCACGUGCUCCUGUCCCAGCACCACAGGGAGGGGGCUGGGCUGUGGCUCUGCCUCAUUAAACAGACCCCAGAAAGGUUUUUAA